AUGCUUGGAGCUGCUUGGGGACUCGUCGUGGCAUCCAGCAAGCAGAGCGAAGACGAAAUGCAGCUCCUGGCAUCCCUGUGCCACGGCAACAUUGUGUGUUUGCACGAUUCGCUGGAGCACGAUGAGAUGCUGUACAUUGUCAUGGAGCUCUGCCGCGGGGGGACCCUGUUCAGCUGGAUAGAAGACCGACACGACGAGCACUUGAACAUGCAGGUGUACACGGCUCCACCUAAGCGUGUUCUUGCAAGCUGCUUGUGGCAGAUUCUCGAUGCCCUGAAAUACCUCCAUGGGAAGGGGUUCGUACAUCGUGAUGUCAAGCUGGAGAACCUUCUCUUGCUGAACGCUGGCCCAUGUCCACAGCUGAAGCUUGCAGACUUCGGUAUGGCAACGGAGUUUCAGAAAGGAGAGCUGAUGACCCAGCGAUGCGGCUCCCCGGGCUACAUGGCGCCUGAAGUCGUUCGAGGUGGCUACACCGAGCUCUGCGACCUCUGGAGUAUGGGGGUGGUGUUCUACCAGAUGGCCACAGGCAAGCGGUUGUGGCCUCUCACCUAG